AUUCAUCCUCUAAUUGAUGAAUUUAUUCCUACAAUUGACGGGGAAAAUGGAAUUUGCUACACACACCCAGAAAAGUUACCAGGUAUAAGCAAAGUUGGCCAAAUCCGCCACUUCUUCCACCGGCCUUCAAAGGCAUACACCACCGGGACAAGGAAGAGAAGAAAGGUUCAUACUAACGAAGAUGGCGGUGAAACAAGGUGGCACAAAACAGGAAAAACAAGGCCAGUUCUCGUUGGUGGGACAGUGAAAGGGUUCAAGAAAAUACUAGUGCUCUACACCAACUAUGGUAGGCAAAGGAAACCAGAGAAAACCAAUUGGGUUAUGCACCAAUACCAUCUUGGCAAUAAUGAGGAAGAGAGAGAUGGAGAGGUGGUGGUUUCGAAAGUUUUCUACCAAACACAGCCUAGACAAUGUGGUUCAACUUCAAGCCUUACAGAUUCAGUGUUUGACCAAAAAUCAAGUCAUGUAAUUGAGAAUACACAAGGUUAUGUGGAGGGAUAUUAUAAUCCAACUACAUUGAUAUCCUAUGAUAUUAGAUUUGGAGGGCAAAAUAGGGAUAUCACACCUCAGCUAAUCCCUAAUUUGGGUAUUCAAGGUGUUGGGUCUUCAUAUAUUCAUUUGCCCAACAAUGCAAGCAAAGGGAAAGUGCUUGAGAGGGAAUAGACAUGGCGGAACAGUUGAUAGGGCAAACAAUAAUAAGGACUUGUUUGGUUGUUGUUGAUAUGAUGUUUAAUGGUUAAAAGUAGGUUGAGAUUGAAUGGGAUUGGCAUAGGUAUUUUCUGGGGUAAGUUGGAUAGGCAUUAACAUUGUUUUCUUGUAGGAGUUUGUUUGUAGUUUGCAUGUUGUUGGUAGGGAUCAUACAAUGGAGCUAGUGUGCCUUCUGCACCCAUUUAUGUAAUGGGGAGCUUUGUAAUCAGAAAAAAACAUAUAUAAUGGAGUGAUAUAUUGAUGGAAAAUGACAUAAAAACACUAGAAUUUUUUUUGUAUAAA